AUGGCUAAUAUGUUUGGUCUUAUUGUUUCGGGACGUUUAGUGCAGACGGAUUUCACGCCGGUUUCUGAAACAAGCUUGAUCACGACGAUAUUGGAUGUAGAUUCUAUAAACCACGCCGUGGUGUUUCUAACGGGCACGACGCCGCUGCCGGCGGGCACGGCGGCCGUCGUCUACUGGAGCUGGCCGGACCCCAACGCUCCUCCCAACUGGCAGCCUCUAGGACACAUCUCGAACGCCAAACCCUCAGCUAUAUUUAAAAUAUCGAAUUUAAAAAAACUACAUGAACUCUCAAGUGAAAAUAAAUUUAUGGGUGCUUUUGGAAAUCAACAAAUCUGUAAUAAUGCUCAAAUUGGUAUAUCAAUAGAACCUGAAAACAAUGUUCACAUGCUACCUAACUCAGAUGCCCAGCAGGUGAACUCUUAUGUGACCUUUGCCCAAAAGAUGCUGGAGAGUCUAGUAAACUUUGUGGCCUCGUUCUCAGUAACUCAGGAACAGAUGACCCCUACUCCCGGUGUCUCCUACAUCCCCCUCACUACCCUACACACGUGGUACCAGAACUUUGAACGCAGACUUCAACAGAACCCAAACUUUUGGAAGAACUAG